CCCUUUCAGCCUCACGUUGAUCAGGCAAAAAAUUCCCACAAUGGCAAGGGACUGAAGGGGCUGGAGACAAUUGCUGCCCUGGUCCGCUCUGUUGAAGAGACCCCUGAGCCAGUAGCUACCAAAUUAGAGGGAACCAUUCCCUCCUGGAUCAAUGGCAAACUCCUCCGCAAUGGCCCUGGGAAGUUUGAGUUUGGAAAAACACACUACAACCAUUGGUUUGAUGGGAUGGCCAUGCUGCACCAGUUCAAGAUUGAGAGAGGUGAGGUGACGUACAUGAGUCGGUUCCUGCAGAGUGAUACCUUCAAAAAGAACAGCGAGCGGGACCGGAUCGUAAUGUCUGAGUUUGGCACGCUUGCCAUGCCCGACCCCUGCAAAAACUUCUUCCAGCGAUUCCUUUCUCGCUUUGAGAAGUUUGAACCCACAGACAAUGCAAGUGUGAGCUUUGUGAAAUACAAAGGGGACUACUAUGUCAGCACAGAGACAAACUUCAUGCACAGAGUGAACCCAGAGACCCUAGAAAGUUUAGAGAAGGUGGACUGGAGUAAGUUCAUUGCAGUAAAUGGAGCCACUGCUCACCCCCACUAUGAUCCAGAUGGUACCACCUACAACAUGGGCAACUCCUAUGGAAGAAGAGGAGUCCUCUACAAUAUCAUCAGAGUACCUCCUGAGAAGACGGAAAGCGAAGACACUCUGCAAGGAGCCAAAAUCCUCUGUUCUAUUGUGCCUGCAAACAAGUCCCAUCCCUCCUACUACCACAGCUUUGCCAUGUCUGAGAACUACGUGGUGUUCAUCGAGCAGCCAAUCAAGAUGGACCUGCUGAAGAUAGUCACAUGUAAAUUAAGAGGGAAGGCUCUGAGUGAUGGAAUCUACUGGGAUCCCAAACAGGAGACAGUCUUCCACCUACUUGACAGAAAUUCUGUACCGCAGGUCAGCUCAGUGAAGUACCACACCAAAGCCUUCUCCACCUUCCAUCAAAUCAACGCCUUUGAGGAGGAUGGAUUCUUGAUGCUCGAUAUGUGUUGCUCCGACGACGGCCAAGCCAUCAACAACUACCUCAUCCAGAACUUGCGUGAAUCUGGAGAUGCGUUGGAUGAGGUGUACAACACCUUGUACAGGAGUUUCCCUCGGCGUUUUGUUCUGCCACUGCAUGUGACCAGUGAAACCCCAAAAGACCAGAACCUGAACACUCGACCCUGCAGCAAUGCAUCGUGUGUCAAAAUCGGUGACGACAAGGUGUUCUGCCAGCACGAGGAUCUCCACGGAGAAGACCUCCAUGAGUACGGUGGCCUGGAGUUCCCGCAGAUCAACUACGCCAGAUGUAACACACAUCCGUACCGUUAUUUCUACGGCUGUGGCUUCAGACAUCUGGUGGGAGACUCUCUGCUCAAGAUGGACCUGAAGGACAAGACAAUCAAGGUCUGGUACCAGAAGGGUUUCUACCCCUCAGAGCCUGUGUUUGUGCCGUCACCUGAUGCUGUGGAGGAAGAUGGUGGUGUCAUCCUCUCGGUGGUUCUCACCCCAUCACAGGAUAAAGGGACCUUCCUCCUGAUUUUGGAUGCCAAGACAUUUGAAGAGCUAGGAAGAGCUUAUGUGCCUGUUAACAUGGCUUAUGGCUUCCACGGUACCUUCAGUGCCUCUGCAUAAACUUCUUGUUUUUUAGACUCCCCAUGAUUCAUGGGCCAUGAA